AUGGUGUGCCUCCUGGCUUCAGGGGCACUCUUUGUACAAGCUGAAGAUCCUUACUUGUUCUUCACGUGGAAUGUGACGUACGGCACCAUUUCGCCCUUGGGAGUUCCCCAGCAAGUCAUUCUCAUCAAUGGCCAAUUUCCUGGGCCCAACAUCAACUCCACCAGCAACAACAACGUCAUUGUCAACGUCUUCAUAAUCUGGAUGAGCCCUUCCUCUUCAUUGGAACGGCGUCAACAGAGGAAAACUCUUGGGUGCCAAGACCCCAGCCUCUCCUCAACUCCUGAAGCCCCUGUUGGGUGGGCAUGGUCCCUUAACCAGUUCAGGUCUUUCCGCUGGAACUUUACAGCCAGCGCAGCCACUAAUCCUCAGGGCUCAUACCACUACGGCAAAAUUAAUAUCACCCGCACCAUCAAGCUGGUGGACUCAGCCAAGGUAGACGACAAGCUCCGUUAUGCGUUCAGUGGUGUCUCCCACAGCGAGCCCGAAACCCCAUUGAAGCUGGCCGAGUACUACGGAGUCGCUGACAAGGUUUUCAAGUACGACAUCAUCAAGGAUGACCCAGAAGGAGAGGUGACCAACGUGGUAGUCGCGCCCAAUGUUGUCAACAUUACUCACCGCACCUUUGUGGAGAUCAUCUUUGAGAACCACGAGAAGAGCGUACAGUCGUUUCACUUGAAUGGAUACUCCUUCUUUGCAGUAGCGAUAGAGCCUGGGACGUGGAGUCCGGACAAGAGGAAGAACUACAACCUGCUUGAUGCAGUGAGCAGGCACACAGUGCAGGUGUUCCCCAAGUCGUGGGCGGCCAUCAUGUUGACAUUCGACAACUGUGGGAUGUGGAACGUGAGGUCUGAGUUGGCGGAGAGGCGCUACCUGGGACAGCAACUGUACAUCAGUGUUCUGUCCCCUGAGAACUCCCUGAGAGAUGAGUACAACAUGCCAGACAACGCUCAGGUCUGCGGCAUCGUCAAGGAUAUUCCCAGGCCCAAGCCUUACUACGUCUAAUUAAUUCAACUAUUAACAAAAAUCGAUGCAGCUCCUUGAAGCGCCUCUUAAAACAGCCAUGCAUAAAGUAGACACGGAAUUUAUGAUUACGAUUAAGUACGAGAGGAGUCCAUUUCCUACACAGACCAUUAACCAUAUUUGAUGGUGAAUGGUGAUGAAGAAAAAUAAAACCUUCAAUUUUUGUUCUAAUU